GACAAGUGCAAAUGAAAUCGCGGGGAAAAGACAAAUCCUCACUUCAACUUUCUUUUUCGUGGAAGCAUGUAAACUCUUCCAAGAAGAAUGAGAAUCGAAGUCAGGCUUAUAUACAGCGAUUGAUCACACCGCGCGCACAACGCACGAGCAGACGCACCUGACCAGGUGAGCAGAACGGAGGAUUAAGGAAUGCUUUGACCCUCCGCCUGAAGGAACGAUGGCCAACUCUCUGGAUGACGUAGAUGACUUUGACUUCCACUACCAUCAGGUUGAACCACUCACUACACGCCUCCACAACCUUCUAGAAGAUUCCUACACUGACGGAUUCUCUAUCCCGAAAGAACUCAUUCAGAAUGCAGACGAUGCUGGCGCCAGGGAGGUCAAGUUUCUUCUCGAUGAAAGACAGAAUGAAGACUGUCGAGAACAUCUCAUCCACCCCAACAUGGCGUCCCUUCAGGGGCCUGCACUCUGGGUGUUUAACGAUGCAACAUUCUCUGACCAGGAUUUUGCCAACUUAGUCAAGCUUGGAGCAGGCACAAAAAAAGAAGAUGCAUCCAAGGUGGGGAAGUUUGGUCUGGGCUUCAACGCCGUCUACAACCUUACAGACGUUCCUUCAUUCAUCAGCAGGAAUGCCAUUGCCUUGUUCGAUCCUCACCAAAGACAUCUCCCUCGGGGAAAUCCUGGAAUGAGAAUAGACCUUAGUCUACCUUCAAAUCGAAAUCGUCUUAAGGCACUGGCAUCGCAGUUUAAACCAUUCGAAGAUGUCUUUGGAUGCUCACUACAACGAGAGCCUUUUUCAGAAUAUCCAGCAACACUCUUCCGGUUGCCAUUCCGAUCAGAGACCCAGGCGACAGCCAGUGACAUCAAACAAGAAUAUUAUUCCCCAGAGAAGCGCAGAAAGCUUUUGGCCAUGUUGAUGGAAAGAGCAGGCAACCUGCUGCUGUUCACACAACACGUUGAGAGAGUAGAAGUGUUUUACUUGCCACAAGAAGCACAAAGUCCGACUUCCAUGAUUUGUCUCAUGUCAGUAACAAGAACAUCCACACCUGUCCUUCCUCUGGGCAUCCCAGACCGCACAGAAAGCAUUCUCAAGUCGUGUACAGCGAAAUUUCAGGACUAUUUCACGAGGGGGUCUGGUGUUCCAGACAUCAAGAUGACUGAGACUGUGUUGAUAUCGCUGGAUGUCAGGCCCCAGGCUACAGAAGUAUGUAGUGUAGAGCAGGGUCAAUGGAGCACAGAGUGGCGCAUCACGUGGGCGAGUGGGACCAAUCAAAGUGCAAGGCUGGCUUUGAAGAAGAGGGGUCAAGGGUACAUUCCUCUUGCAGCGGCAGCUGUACCACUUGAUGACAACAAAAUAUUAAAUAUUAACAACUGCCCGUUUGGAUUUUAUACACAAGGCCGUCUGUUUUGCUUCCUGCCCCUCCCAGAGCAGAUAGAACAACCUUCGCUGCCAGUUCAUUUGAAUGGAACAUUCGCGCUGAAUUCCAGCAGGAGAAAUCUUCUGAUACACACAGAGGAAAGCACUGAAAACCAGGGAGGCGACUGGAAUGCUGCUCUCAUGUCUGAUGCUGUCUGUCGUGCUUACCUCCUCCUGCUUGAGUCCCUCACAGACACAGUCGGUGACGACUACUCAUCCUAUUUUGAGCUUUGGCCAAGGUCUGACAAUAUCCUUUCCUUGCUCGACAGCUUCUACUCGAGUCUGAUAAACGGACGAUUCCAGGUGUUUCCGUGUCAGGAAGGUUGGUUGUCUUUUCAUGAUGUAAGAUUCUUUGACCCCAGCUUCCGACAGUCUCCAGUUGGGGAUCUUGCUCUGCCUGUUGUCCUGCAGUUGUCUGAGGACAGGAACUUCUUUUGCGAUGUUCCUUAUGAGAUCUGUCAAAUUCUCCAAAAAUCGCAACAGGGAGAGGAUUUUCUCAAAAGGUGUCUGACUGAAGACGAGUUUUACGAAGAUGUUUUCUUUCCUAACAUCACAAGCGAGUUUUGGAAGACUCCGGAGAAGGUGAAGAUGAGAGACAGCCUCACACUGCAUGCCAUAACAAAGGGGACAGAUCGAGUGAAAAAACUUGUGAUGAUGUACGCCUGCAUCCCUUGCCAGGCCUCUCGUGAACUCAGAACACCAGGUGGACUUGUGCAUCCACAGUGCGAGGCGGCUGCUUUGUUCUUGCCUGAGGAAGGACGAUUUCCACAAACAAGAAACGACCAUGGAGCUGUUGACUUUUGCCAGUCUGACUGCCUGGAGAGUUUGGUACAGAUGGGGAUGGCGCACAACGACCUCAAGCCAAGAGAUGUCCUCGCGAGGGCUCGUUCUGUAAGGGAACUGCAUGAACAAGACAAAAAUCUGUCGUUUUCCAGAUCUCACCUUCUUGUUGACUAUCUUGCAUCCACCAGGUCUUCCACCAAUACUCCUCGCAUCUCCUUGUUCUCUUCUGAAGAAAUAGACGAGCUGUCCAAGACCGAGUUUCUUCCCAUCCUCACAAAGCCAGAUGACUGGCCUUUCCCAUGGUUCUACGAUGAUCUCCAGUCUGAGCUGGCUGCUCCCUGCCAUCUGUACCACAGUGACAUGACAAACCUCGUAGCCUGUACUCAGAAGAUAUUUGCAAGCGCCCCACCUCUCCCUCUGUGUUUAAAGACCUCUGAAAAGUCUCGUCGGGAAGUCCUUCACACUCUAAAGCUCGUUACUCAAGAAACAGCCGCUCGUGACCAGACUGUGAUUGCUGCUGUCAAACAGAUACAAAUGGUCGCCGAGUUCCAGGAAUCCCAUGAAGACAUCCAGAGCAUACUGGGGAAAAUAAACGAAGUUUCCCGUGCAGUUUAUUCCUUUCUCCAGAGGUGCAUUGAGACUAAUACACUUGGAAAUGAAGAGAAACUUCUUUUAGAGACAUUACAGAGUGAAGGGAUUAUCUGGACAGGUUCGCAUUUCUGUCAGCCAUCAAGGCUGGCAUUCAAAGUUAGAUUACCAUGUCCUCCAUACCUGCAGGAGGUCAGCGAAGUUGACAGAAUUGCUUUCAAGAAUCUUUUUCAGUUCUUGGGAGUUAGGGAGAAGUUCGGCCCUCAGGACAUCUUGAGAAUGAUGGAAGAAAUGAAAGAUGAUGUGGGCGAUGGGCAGCUAUCAGACGAACAAGUGGAGCUCUUUUGCAGGGGCGCACAACUCUUGUGCUCCGCACUCAGGGAGUCAUCAGAGAUUGACUCUCUCAGUCUACAACAAGUUUCAUUGCCUGACAAAGACUGCAUUCUGCGACAUGUGAAAAAUCUUUGCCUUCGAGAUUCUUCUAAAUUGGAGCUGAAGCCUGGCAUAUUCUUUAUCCAUGAAACGUUUUCUCCGGAAGUAGCAAAGACUCUUGGAGUGAGUUCCAAGAAGAACACUAUUUUCAAGAGUCACAUGAAAGUCAAGAGUUUUGGUCAGUCAGAAAAGCUGACUAACCGCAUCAAGCGACUGUUGCAAGGCUACACGUGUGAUGUUUCCAUCUUCAAGGAGUUCAUACAGAAUGCCGAUGAUGCUGGGGCGACAGAGAUUCGCUUCAUCAAAGAUUUCCGAAAGUUGGGAACAGACAGUGUGCCGGACGGCUGCAAGGACCUGCAGGGCCCAGCACUGUGUGUGUACAACAACGCCGACUUCACCAGCAAGGACAUUGAAGGCAUUCAGAACCUGGGGGAGGGCAGCAAGGGGGAGGAAAUGAUGAAGACAGGACAGUUUGGAGUCGGGUUCAACGCCGUCUACCACAUCACUGAUGUCCCCUCCUUCUGGACCCGACGAGAUGGCACAGAGCAGGUCAUCUGCGUGUGUGACCCUUGCAGACUCAUCCCUAACGACUUUCAACAACCUGGCAUGGAACUUGAAGACAUCGAUAAAUUGAAAGAAGAGUACCCUGAUUUGGUGGAUGGUUACCUGGGUAACACAUUCGACAUGUCGCAGCCAGCAACGCUGUUCAGACUGCCUCUGAGAAAUCAGCGGAUGGCAUCGAAAUCAGCAAUUAAGAAGGAAAAAAUGACACAAACCAUUCUUUCAAAGCUUCUCAAGGAUUUUAUGGAAGACGCAGGCAUGUGCUUGCUGUUCUUAAAUAACUUGCGAAAAAUUGGAAUAUACUCUACUGAUGGCUGUACUCUUGAGACAGAGUACGAAGUAGAGAUGGUGAUUGACAGAGAGAACUCCCUUAAAAAAGAAGCUCAUUACGGAUUCCUUAAAAAUGAAGGAGAUUCGCUGAUAGAGGAGAACUUAGGUUCUGAUGUCCGAGGGGUUGAAUCUCUGGAAACUGUUCUCAACUUUACUCUGAAGGAUAGCCAAGGAAUUCAAGAGGACUGGGUUCAAGUCAGCAGAGCGGGUUUUCUGGAUCCAUCGGAAGUGCCGUGGACACUGCAAGAGGACUGGAGAAGAGAACACUUCCGCUUACUACCCCGAGGAGGGGUAGCUGUGAAACUGAAAAGAACAGAUUUGCCAUCAGCCGAGUGUGCGACAAGCUACAGGCAACCUGAACCACCCAAAACUCCUUCCCGGGUAUUCUGUACUCUUCCUCUUCCAGUGGAGACUGAGUUACCGAUGCACAUUAACGGCCAUUUCGCUCUUGAACACGAGUCCCGCAGAGACUUAUGGAAUCGAAAGGAAGACAGCAGGACGGAUUGGAAUAGAAUAAUAUGUACUAAGGUCAUCGCUCCUGCAUAUGUCAAAGCUCUUCAACAGGUCAAGCUUGCUUGGUUCGGACAGAGACAGAGGGAGAACGACUCUCCUGCCACGACUGCUGAAAAACUAAGGAACUUUUUUGAUCUUUUCCCCAAAGUUCCCAUUCCUGACUCAAUAUUCUGGAGCUCCUUGGUCGAGGCGAUCUACCAGCAAGUCAUCAAUGGACAUCAGGCGCUGUUUCCAGUCACAAGAGCUGGUUCAGGCAUCAUCACUUGGACUACAGCAUGGAAAGAUAAAGGCUUUGCAGGUCACUUUGUAAGACCCCCUGGCUAUGUAUGUUUGCCACCCACUCAACCUGGUCAGUCGCGCAAGAAGACACAGGAGCUUGUUGAACAGACAGCAUCCAACCCAGCUCUGAAAGAAGUAUUGAAACAAAUAAACAUGAAAAUAGUUGAGGCUCCAUACCAUGUCUUUGAGGCUCUUAGGCGCUUUGGAGAGACAAAAAUGCGAGAGGCCAUUCCAAGUACCGUCCUUCAGUUUCUGAGGUCCUGUACGGCAACAACACCUGACAGUUGUGGCCUCAAGAACCUUCCUCAGCCACUUGCUGAUCUUGAACUCAAUGAGAGCCAUGUUCAUCUUCUUGCGGAUUUUGUUAGCAAGUCGCCAUCUUUCUCCUCAAUGAUUGGCGGUCUUCCUCUCUGCCUUCUUCAGUCCGGCACCUUGGACAUUUUUUCUAAAGACCGACUGACUUUUGUUACCGCGUACUACGACCUGAUUCCUAAGCGUUCUGAGGAAUUCCUUCAUGGCAGUCUGGUGGAAAUUUUUGUCAGAGUAGUAGACGAUGUUCCAAAUGUUUUAAGAAAAUUUACCAUGAAGGAUCUUGCUGACAGGAUGUCUUGUUGCCUUGAUCCCAAACAUUUUAGAACAGGACGUCCAUGUUCAUUGAACACUGCUCUGCUUCCCAAUGACAAGUGGCUGCAGCGUCUGUGGGAUUUCCUUCGGAAUUGUCUUCACCGUGAAGAUGAGAAACAUCCUGUCAAUGAUACUAUUCGCUUAUUGAAAGAAUGGAGUCUUAUACCAUGCAAAAUAGGCAAAGACAACGAAAACCUGCUAUAUCCAGUUCAGGACAGAGGAAAUGUUUUGUUUUUGCCAUACGUGUCCUCGAGAACAUCGGCUCAGAACAAGGAUGAAGCAGUCAACAAAGUGCUGGAGAAGCUUCCCUUGCCAGUCAUAGACAGGUUAAUUAUCUCCCAAAGUUUCGCUGAAAAACUCGUAGCCUCCGUCAAAAACCCUACAAGCAUCUUGAAUAUCCUGAGAGCUUUCAGAGACAGUAUUAAACUUAGCCAAUCUGAUUCAAAGUUCUUGCUGGAUUAUUUUGCACAUAAUUUGAAAAAAGAAAUAAAAACUUCUGAUCUACUUAAGAUUCCCAUGUUCUCCACCAGUAGUGGUCACAUCAUCUCCCUUGAUUCUUUUGAGGUUCUACUCCUUCAACCCGAAGGUAUUCCACAAGAUGGCUUGGAAGUCUGGUCUCAAAAAACAAAGACAGCUCUCCUCAAUCCACUGUUCUUACCCCACGAACUGCAUGAGGUUCUUCGUCUAGACAAAGCGUCUAAUCCAUACAUGGUCUUCUGGAGGAGACUUCUGACAACAUUGGACCGCUUGCCACAAGAGGCUGUUGGUCCUCAUAUCCAAUAUAUAAGAAAAAAAUACCGUGAUCACUUGAAAAAUGAAGCUGAUAAUAUAUUUCAGAUUCUUUCACAAACAGCCUUCAUCAGAGUUGACUCGAAUAAAAUGUGCAAAGCUUCUGAGUUUGUCAGCCCACAUGAAAUCGUUUUCAAGCUGAUGUGUGAUAGAAGCCGAUUUCCACCUCCACCCUAUUGUGAAGUUGAGUGGAGUUAUUUCCUGGAGAGAUCCGGAAUGGUGAAGGAGGUUACGGCUCAGAUGUUCCUCCUGUUUGCCAGGAAACUAGAAGCAGAAGGCAGAAACACAUUGUCCCCGCAAACGCUGGAAAGAUCACGAACACUUGUGAAACAUCUGUUUGAGAGGAAAGAUUUGAGUUCUUGUGGACUGUUGAAUGACAUUCGUGAUAUUCGAUUUGUACGACCUUGGUCUUUUGAAUACUCAAAAGGACAUGAACUAUUGGCGAACAUCUGUCCUCCACUUGUAACCAACCGUUUGGUGUCCUUCUCCGAGAGUUUUUCCUCCUGUUACUGGCCGUUGCUGUGGAGUACGACCUCCAUUUUGCAUCCACAUGAUGACCCAGACAAAUAUUUUCAGACAAAAGAGCUUCAGCCCGUUGUCAGGGAGCUAAUGUUUGAGCAAAAAGUCCCUAUAGAACAAUUCAAGAAUCAUGUACGAAACAUCUGUCAGGCUUUGACCUCAUCACCCUGCGACCUUCUGCACUCUAGUGACGGUCGAAGUCAAGUGGAGUGGCUCUUUAGCAAAAUCUAUCAAUUUCUUACAGUUUUACAGUCUAAGAACUUUGCAGAUACCGAUUUCUUCAAGAACAUGCCUGUGAUAUUCGACAGCAACAACUCUUGUCUUCUGAAUCCAGAACAAGUUGUUAUUGGUCUCCGAUCAGAAGAAGCUGUUGAGGGCUGGCUGUUCCGAGCGCCAGUGAACUAUGACCUGUUUUAUGACCUUUUUAAAGCUCUUGGAGUUGCCUGCAGCGUGACAGCUGAUCACUACACCAGAGUUCUGAGUAAACUUCAUUUGGCACAGAAGAACCUUCCCUUGAACCACGACAGGUUACAGGCUUGUAAGAAGGCUGUCCAAUGUCUAUUUCGCUGCCUUGCGGUUUCUCGUGACCUGAAUGAAGAGGUCAUCUACUUGCCGAAUGAACAGCUCUGUCUGAAGCCAUCAUCGUUUCUGAUUUUCAGUAACAACGAUAGCAGCGACGAAUUGCUGAAAAAAAGACUGCACAGCUGCUCUGACAGAUUUUUUGGCGACUUAACGCAUCUUGGAAUCCAAAGUGACCAUCCUUGGCGCACGAUUUCCUUUCUUCCCGAGGGGCACAAAAUGACCCGGCUGUCUGAAAUAACUACUGAAGUAGUUCCUGAAUGGGGUCUGGCGAUCAAAGAGAUUGGCCCCCUUGCUCAAGCCUUGAAAAGGAAGCUGACUUCUGUAGAUUAUGUGAAUGGCAUCACUCGACUUGUCUGCCACAAACACAUGACAAAGGCCUUGCCACAAGCGCCCCGCAGUCGUCAAGAGGUAGGAAAGAUGUUGACAAGCAUCGAAAUCUUUGAGAUUAAAGAUUUUCAGACCGUGCUGGUCAUCGACAAACAGGAGGUGACAGGUAGCGAAGCUAAGCACUUAGCUUUCGAGGACGAGAGGUUUGCCCACCGUGUGUUCGUUGACAGCAGCGCGAGCAUCAGUGACCAGGAUGUUGUCCUGACUCUGUCAGAAGUCGUCAUCAAGACACUGGACGAGGACCUCAGUGAGUUCAAAUCCCUUUUAAAGGAAAUGCUGAGAUGUCAGGAUGUCCAGGCUCUUCUCGACCAGCACAAUAUUUCCUACUUCCGUCAGAGUGACACGUGCAGACCUGGUUGCUACGUCCACACUGAUGACAUCUGCUUGCUAAACAACAGUGUCACCAGUGUCUAUGUGGAUGGGGAGUACGUGGCUGUGGAGGUCUACGACCCUUUGAUAGACAACAAAGACUUUGAAAGCAAAUUAAGAGCAAGUGAAGGACAGGAAUUCUCAAAGCAGGAACUUCCGGAAGAAAACGUCAACCACGAAGACAUGAUAAAACAUUUUGAGGACCCUCAACGUGACUACGAUGUUCAGACCAUGAGCUCGCGGCAGGUCUUCGUCUAUGCAAGGGUUCUUGGGAAAGUCAAUGCCAAUGAAGAACAAACUGUUCGUCCUCCAUGCUGUUUGUCCUAUCGACUGGACAUAGGUUAUGAACGUAUUAUGAUUGCAUCGGGUAUCCGAGUGUACAAGAUUCCCACCUAUUACGAUGAAGACAGUUCUGUUGUCACAGAAACAUCCUCAAGCCAAGCUGCAUCUUAUGAUCCAACAGAUGAGGCUGUAGUAAGUGAUGUCAAGGGAUGUCUGGAGGUUGCCUGGCCUCUUUUAGGAGACAGACGUUCACAGUUGGUUAUUUUGAAGCGUCUGUGUCUGCAGUGGCAUCUGGGCCUGAACAUCCAGAAUGUUUGUCCUGAGGCUGUAAAGAGUUUGGAAGCCACACCAACGUUCUGUCAACGACUACAUGAUAGGAGCCAGUUGUAUGACAGACAGAUUCUAGCCUCCAUGGGAGAGAAGUCAGACCCUAGUGAUCAACAAAAAAGAAAAAACCCACAACCAGGAGAAGCACGACGCUGGCUUCGUCAAGCUUUCGCAGAUCUCACGACAGCCAAGAGCACUUCAGGGGGAAACAACUGGCAUUGCCUCAUGUGCCACCAGGCAGUGGAAAAGGCGCUGAAAGCUGUGCUGUUCCACCAUGAUGCCGAGGACAAGCUGCUGCAUCCUGUGGACAAAGCAGAGCUGAAGACCCUGGCGAUGGCAGUGAGCGACGAGGAGUUGAUGGGAGCAGUUGAGGUCUUGGAGGGACUUACAGGGGAGGCACACAAGAUGCUGUACCCGUCUGUACAGUGGGGACCACAGAUACCCGCCCAGCUGUACACCCCCGACACUGCCAGAGCCGCACACAGUCAAGUGGAGACAAUCCUCACCAUGGUGGCGUCUCUCAUCAAAUAAUCUUCCCAGUUGAUGGACUUGAUUAGUGUGACAGCAAAUCAUUUUUAGUUUCUGACUAGCAAAACAGGGCGAAUAUGUAAAUACAACUACAAUCUAUUUCAUUUUUAAAAUCCGUAAAAGUCUACACAAUAACUUAUAGUUUUCACUUCUAAUAAAAUAUGAAUAUAACUCAUAUCUUGUGUAUUUUUGACAGCAAAUGAAUAUGUCCAAUUAAUGUUAUACGCAUUUUCUUCUGAUCAAAUAUAAAUAUAACUAAAAGUUUCAGUAUACAGAAUUAUUUUACGUAUAAUAAUACACUAUUCACUUCUGAAAUAAUUUCGAUGUAACAAUCACCAUACAAUUUUCUGCAUCAUAUCAGAGUAUGAACAACUGAUAUUAGAAGAGUUCGCCCGACUUUUCAGUUACUUUUACUAUUUUAUUCCCUGUAUGUUUGAAAAUAAACCUUUUAUUUUAUCUUUACACUGUUAGCCACUAAGCUUUUAUUACUGUUAUUUACAGAAAUAAUAAGAUUUGUUUGCUGUAAUUUUGUAAUGUGAUUCAUGUGUUCAUAGUUUUCUGGUUUUUUUAUUAUUUUUAUUCAAUUUUUAAUCACUCAAAUCAUAAAACGAUUUUAUUAAUGUGGACAAUUAUAAAACCGUUUAUAUGCUUAUAUUCGUUUUCAAAAAGUUUUCUUACUUGUAAAAGUUUAUGUGGUGGUGGGUUGCGAUGGUAAAGCUUCAUUACUCAGCGUUUAAUUUUUACAAUAAUAGAUUAGUAGAUUAGUAACUGUGCAUACAAUUGUCUUCUUUUAUUUAUUUUUUUUUUGUUUUUGUUUUUGUUUUUUGUUGUUUUUUUUUUUUUGGUUCCUCUGGUUUGCCUUAACCUUUCAGUUUCGAUUGUAUUGGUUAUCUGUAAAUGUUUUCUCAUGUUAUUGUCAGAUUUGUGGGGUUUUCACUACAGUAAAGCAAACAUUUUGAACUAUAUCAAUUCUAUGAAGUGUAUCGAAACUAAUAUUUCAAGUAUUAAUUGAAAAUAUAAACUUUCGUUUAUUAAAAUUCAUCUGUCAAUCGUCAGGCCAUUAUGACAAGAAAGAAGUGAAAUAGAAUGUCCAGUUACAAGUAGUUCCUGAUGUUUAUUUUAGUCCAGUUUAAUUUAGUUCACAACGUUUAUGUUUCUGGUUCUAGGUAAGCCGUUACAUAUCAAAACUCAUCUCACGAUUGAGUGACAGAACGGCAAAACCCUGAAAACAUUGAUCCGCAUGAAUGUUUCCUUCAAACUAUUUUAUAGUAUAUGUGUUUUUCUUUAGAGUUCCUUUAGUUUAUAGUGUCUUCCUUAAACUAUGCUUUAUACGUGGUGUUAGUUGUAGAUGUUACUCGCUUCGUAGUUUAGCUACAGACGUGUGACGUGUGUGGUUUUCAGGACGUGUAGCCUGUAUCGAAAUAAAAGAACACGUGUAUC